UCCCACUGUUUCUUCUCCUUUUUGUCUCUUGGCAUUCACUUUACUACUACUCCUCUCUCUCUCCUCUUCUCACACCACUUCUUCAUCUUCAACAGAAUCUCCAUUUUCCUUUCUCUUUUAUGCUCUUUCAUACCUAACUCAUUCAUCCUCUUCUUGUUUUUUUUCUAAAUACCAACUUUUUCAAACAAUGCCAACUUUGAUUUGAAGUAAUUCCUCAUAUUUUUUUGUAAACCCCAUUUUUUGUACAAUGCCAACUUGUGCUGUCUGAGCUAUAUUCUUCUCUGGUAUCAACUGAAGUGUUUGACGUCAAUUUCAAUCCUGUAUCAGAUUCUUCAAUGAAUUUAAAGUACAUAAAGUGUGAACCUCAAGUUUGUUUGAGAUAAUAAAGUGCUAGAGUUUUCGUUUUUUCGUUUUCUGGGUUCAUUUUGGAUCUGAGAACUCUAUCAGUGUAUAAAUUGUGACGAUUUUUGGGGAUUGUAAGGUUUAGUUGGUUAGUUUUGGUGCUUGGAAGCAAGCAUAGUCAAUAUUGUUGUGGAGAAUAAGAAGGUGUUGUUUGCGGAUUGACAUUGUUGUGACUUGUGGAUCUGCAGUGUGAGUUAACAAAGUUGUGAAGCAUGAUGAGACUUCUUGGAAGUCUCACGAUGCUUCACCUUAUAAUGUGGCUGUUUUGGUUGCCGCGAUUAGGUAGCUCUCAGUUAACUGAGAUUUCUACGGGGGCUGCGCGAGCACUAGAUGCACUCCUCCAGGAUUAUGCUUAUCGUGCAUUUGAUAGCCCGAGAAUUAGAACAGGUGUUAUCUAUGAUGGAAAUGUCCCCUCCAAUUUGACAGGGAUUAAGGUGUCUGGAUUGAGGCUUAGGAGUGGGAGCUUAAGGAAUCGAGGAUUUGCAAUGUAUAAAGAGUUCGAUAUACCUGUUGGUGUUGUUGAACAGCCUUUUGUUGAGAGGCUUGUUCUGGUCUACCAAAAUUUAGGCAAUUUUUCUUCAACCUAUUACAACUUAUCUGGCUACAUGUACUUAGCUCCUGUAUUGGGUCUUCUUGCUUAUGAUGCAUCAAACUUGGCCGCAACUAACUUGCCUGAGUUGGAUAUCAACGCAUCCGGUCAGCCCAUUUCUAUAAGAUUUUCAGAUGUCAAGCCAUUGCCUAUCGGAUCAUCUCCAAAGUGCGUUUCAAUUGACUUACAAGGGUCUCUGAAUUUCAGCAAUGUUUUGUCGGAUAACACAUGCACAACCUUUCAACAAGGACAUUUCUCUAUUGUGACCGAGUCAAUUGCUCCUGCUCCAUCUCCUCCAACAGAGUCGCCCACAAUUCAUCAUAACGGAAAGAAGAACAAGUCGAAAGUGUGGAUAAUUGUUGGUUCGAUAGUAGGAGGACUAUUAUUGAUGUUUCUUUUAGGUCUUUUGAUAGUGUGUGCAAGCAAGUACAAACAGAAGAAGAAAAUGCAACAAAUGGAGAGGGCUACAGAGGUUGGAGAAUCAUUACAAAUGACGAAAGUCGGAAGCACAAAAGCACCGGCUGCUACGGUAACACGAACACAACCUACACUAGAAACUGAGUACAGACCCUAAUUUUUCCAAUCUGCACAAGCUCUGGUUCACAUUCUUGUUUUGUUGAUGUUAUAUAUUCUUCCAACCACACUGCUUUUUCUUGGUGUUGCUUUAUUCAAUUAUUUAGUAGAGGUUUAUGAUAGCAAUGUGAAUAGUAACAUGGUUAUUGUAUAAACACAAUAAUCUUUUAGCUUUCACAUUAGCCAUUCAUAUUUGUGGUGCUUUGUUAUGGGUGUGCAUUUAUUCUUUUAGCAUUUGUUAGAGUUCAUUGUGAUCAAAGUUUGUACAAUUCAUUGACAAGAAAUAAAAUAUUUUGAUAGUUUUUUUUUC